CCACUCGUGUAUUAACUUAGGGAUAACUGAACUCCCACCUCCCAAGGAUUAGCUUCUUCGUCCCCGUGAAAAAACCCCCAAACCAAACCCAAUCCUAUGGCUUCCACAAGCUUCCUCUUACUCCACCCUCUCCAUCUCCGUCGUGUGCGCAAUGCGCCGCCACCUAUCUCCUGCACCGCGCACCCUCCUAGACCUGCAUCUCCCUCCCGCAUUGCCGCGCUUCCAGGCCGGAGACAGUGGUUGCUCUUGCUGACGGCAGCGACGACGACACUGAAGGCAGCGGAGUUGCCGUCUAUGGCACAGGACAUACCGCUGUUCGGAUUGAGGAAGAAGCUGAAGAAGGUGGAGGAGGAAGCGGAGGAGGUAAUCAAGGAAGGUAUCGAGAGCGCCGAGAAAGGAAUUGAGAUUGCGGAGAAAGGAAUUGAGACGGCGGAGAAGGGAAUUGUGACGGCGGAGAGAGAGAUUGAGUCCGCGGUGAGCUUCGGGGGGCUGGCACAGGCGGUGGCGGUGGCGGCAGCGGAGGUGGUUGGAGUUGUGGCUGCUACUUCUGUUGUGAAUGGUAUUUUGGGCCCUGAAGGUCAAAAGUCGUAAGGUUAUUACUAUUACAGUGUUUUUUUUUCCCUGAAAAAAGUCUAGGAACACAACUCUAGAAAACAAUUUCGAAAAUAUCUGUAUUUGAAGUUGUUUGAUGUAUGUUUGAAGUUGUUUGAUGUAUGCAAAUUCGCGUGUAUUGAAGGGCUCUGUACACAAUUAUAUCUGGAGUUGUGUUUUAAAGUUA